AGCGGCAGCGGCUGCACGUACACCAUCAAGUCUGGUGACACCUUUUGGGCCGUUGCUUUACGGCGCGGCACCACCCUGGACGCCAUUCAGUCCUUGAACCCGGGAGUUGACCCCUACAUGUUGCAAAUCGGCCAGGUCAUCAAUGUGCCG